UUUCUAGAUACUUUUCUUCCACAUAUCUGACCGUAACCACCAGUCUGACACUUGACAACAGCGCUUCAGCUUCAUGAUUUGUUGACUGCUGUGAAGCUUGGGCCGCUAAGCCGCUUCUGUUGUAAUUUUCGUAAAAUACGCUGUAUUUUGUCAUUCUUAUUGGGUCUUCAAGUAGGCCGGUAAAAUGUCUGUCGCAUUUGCAACUCGAGGGCGACCACCUUCCAGCCCUGCCCCGCUUCACGUUCAAAAGAUGCUCGAUGAAAACAACCAUCUUCUGCAAACUAUCCAGGACUAUCAGAAUAAAGGAAUGGCCAAAGAAUCCAUGCAAUACAUUGAGGUUCUUCACAGAAACUUGGUCUACCUGGCAUCAAUAGCUGAUGCACCUGAAAACACACUGCCUCCUAUUCCCUCUCUGAGUGGGGAAGCACCUAAUGCAGGGCAGGUCCCUCCACCAACAGCGUCACACAUUGGCAGUUAUGGUGCUCAGCAGGGCGGCGGAUACAGGGGUCAACAAGGCAUGCCAAGACCUGGUUCAGUACCAACUGGUUCCAGACCUCAGCAGUACCGAGGAGGACCCCAAGGGUAUCCUCCGCAGGGUGGACAACAGGGUUAUGCUGGACAAUAUCCUGGACCAGGACAAGGCUACCCUCCUUCAGGCCAACAGGCUCAGAGUGGACAGGCUCCAGGGGGCUACUCUACACCAGGUGCACCACAGGGCUACGGUGGUCCUCCACCUGGUCAACAAAAUUAUGGAGGCCCCCCUCCUGCAGGACAGCAACCUGGGUAUGGCCCUCCACCAUCAGGUCAGCAAGGAUAUGGACCACCCCCACCAAGUCAACAACCUCCAGGGUCUGGUUAUGGUCCACCAGGUGGUCAACAACCGGGCUAUGGGCCUCCACCGUCAGGUGGACCUCCCUCCCAACAAGGUGGCUACCCCAACCCAAGCAGUGGUGGGCCCCAGGGCAGCUAUCCCGGUACCCCUGGGUACGGUGCACCUGGAUAUGGUCCUGGACCUGGAGGUCAGCCUGGCUCUCAGCCCGGUCCAGGGGGAAACUACAGCGGGUCUGGACCUCCGUCCAGCUACCCCAGCCAGCCGGGGCAAGGGUAUGGUGCUUCCGGUGGACAGUACCCUAACAGUAGCCAGGCCAGCCCCAGCAGGGGAUCUGUGCCCACCUCGACGACACCAACAUAUUCAAGCGGAUCCAGCGGCGCUCCGCCAAGCCAGAGCUACCCGCCCUCGAAUCAGCCAGGACACCAGCCUGGUCAUCAACCAGGACAUCAGCCCGGCCACCCACCAAGUCAUCCACCAAGUCACCCUCCCGGUCACACGUCAAGUCACCCACCCAGUCAUCCACCUAGCCACCCACCGAACCAUCCACCAAACCAUCCACCGAGCCAUCCGCCUAGCCACCCGCCCAGCCAUCCUCCCAGCCACCCACCGAGUCACCCGCCUAGCCAUCCUUCAAGUCACCCCUCGAGUCACCCGCCCAGCCAUCCUCCAAGCCAUCCACCCAGCCAUCCCCCGAGCAACCCACCCAGCCAUCCUCCAAGUCACCCACCCAGCCAUCAGCCAGGUCACCAGCCUGGUCCAGGAUACUCACCCUCGUCAUCGCAGCAACCCCCUCAGCAGGCUCAGGGCCAGCCACCAUCAAGCCAAGCGUCUGGUCCUCCCACUCCAGGUUCAUUCCCACCACCCAGUCAGUCAUCAUCCAGCGGCCCACCUCCACCCAGCAGCGGUCCUCCUGGGCAACCAUCGGCAUACAGCACCUCGACAACGCAGUCGUACGCGCCGCCGCCUCAGGCCGGCCCAGGACACCCCUACCCCCAGCACCCUCAACACCAUGGCUACCCGGCGCACCCUCAACAUGGUCAGCACCCCCAGCACCCCCAGCAUCCUCAUGCUGGUUAUCAGGGGUACCCGCCUCCCCCAGGACCUGGUCAGAACUAUGGCCAGUAUCCACGCCCGCCUUCCUCUCAGAUGCCACCUCCUGGACCGCAAGGACCUCCUCCUCCUCAAGGUUCAUUUGGGUCGUAUGACCAAAGUCGUUUUCCUGGUUAUCAACCCCCUCCUCAGUAAAUGUAAACUGUGAAUGUAUUUCUCUGAUACAACUGGGUCUACAAUUUCCCUCUCUUUCUUUUGCCAAGUGACACAGUAUGCUGUUUAUAGCUUUCUUAAAUCCUGUAACGUAAUUUAUCUCUCUUAUUUAUCGACUGUAGGGUGCAUAAUUAUAUGCAAAAAUUUGAAGAUGCUUAUGUAAUUUAGUUUCAUCAUUUUAUUUAUAGAACUGAAUCGACUUGUAUAGUGUCAAAACUCUUAAAUGAAAUAGCUGUUUUGAAAAUAAUUUUGAAAAUGUGUUGUUCUUGGAGUAUUAAGUAUUUGUCAUAUUUUUGUGUACUCAUUAUUGUACAAGUGUGUUUAGUGUGAAUUAAUUUAAAUAACUAAAGUAGAAAAGUGAGCUCUCAACUCAUUUUAUGAUAUAAUUUUCUCUUAAUAUGGAGUUCAGUUGUUAUCAAAAGAUCGGUUAUCAACUUUUGCUACAGGUCCUUUUUUUAUGCCAUGAAUUUCAAUAUUUUAUUUCAGAAGGACAGGACACAAUUGCUUCAAAUAUGUUGUUUCUAAAAUACUAGGUACAUGGUUAUGUUACGUAGUUCACCAAACAAUGAUGUUAUUUUGAGCUGCUUAUAUGACAACUUUCUGAUUCUGUGCUGAACGCUAUUCCUCUGCUGAAUAUCUGAGACUGAUCCAUUGAAACCAUGCAUUCUUCAUUAGAAAAACAACUUUUUUCUGUAAAUCUUGUUUAGAGUAGGUUUUAGAAACAAUUAUUCUUUAAAAAUUAGUUUGGAGUUAAUUUUCCCCUAGACUUAGUUGUUGAAAUUUUUCUCCAAACUAUCACUUCACUUAGAGUCAGCUUGUGAUGUGGUAUGUCGGUAUGUGCAAUGAGGUGUGUUGUAUUUAGUGUAUUCUUUUCUUUUCCAAAUGCUAUGAGCAAUUGUAAAUAUAGUCAGUUCAGUGUAAGUUUAGCAGGUUUUUGUGUACUGUAUGUAAGGAAAGGCUGUGAUUUAUUUUCUUUGUGGUUUGCAUAAUAGUUACGGACUGGGUCAUUGGUACUGUAAUAGGUACGAACUGUAAUCAAUUGGUUAACAUAUAUAUGCUUUUCAUGACAUAACUUAUCAUUAGUAUCAUUACUUCCUUUUAAAUUUUAGUCAUAGUCCAGACAAAACCUUGUAUGGUGUCAUGAGUUUUUAACUAGAUUUUGAAGUGUUGUGUUCAUCAACUGAAAAGUAGAAACAGUGUUUAGCAGCUUUUCCUCAUAGAUCAAAUUCUGGGCUUGGCCCACUCUUUCUUGUACUGAAUUUGUGUAUCAUGAAUUGUAAGUAUGUAGUAUAUACUUCCAUUACAAUAAAAUGUCAAUGACAUAAA